UUGGAUUAAAACCGUUUACUUCUUUAUGGGGGGGUCAGAUGUAGGGUUGUGGAACUGAACUUGUUGUCAAAGGGUGUUUUUUGUGUGACCGAUCUGGCAACCCUGUGAGUAGGUAAAACUUUGCUGAGUGUAGAUUGAUGUGGAGUGUUUGUAGGACAGACUUUGUUGGUGUAAUAAUUAGUUUAAAAAAAGGUGAUUGGAGAAAAGAUUUUACGAUGUCGGCCAGUGUGAAAAAAGCUGCCCAUGAAGAGGUGAAAGACAUAGGAACGGACACCGAGUCGAACGGGAACGUGAGCAGCUCCAGGGCGUUUUGUCGCGUGUGUAAGCGCAUGUACCGCGAGCCCAAGCUGCUGUCCUGCUUGCACACGUUUUGCGCGGACUGUAUCCGGCAGCUGGAGGCGUUUUCCCCGCUGAGUGAAGCUCCGGCACGGGACCGGGACCGGGUGCGGGAGCGCGUGCUGUGUCCCGAGUGCGACAGUGUGGUGGAGCUGCCGCGGUCCGGCGUGGACGCACUCACCACGGACCACCUGGCACUGGACGAGGUGUUCAUGGAGACCCUGCUGCUGGAGAAGUGCGCCGUGUGCGACCUGUGCGGGGACGCCGAGGCCCGUCAGCGCUGUGCGGUCUGCAGCCUCAACCUGUGUGACUUCUGCAGCCAGGCGCACAGGAGACAAAAGAGGACUUCCAGUCAUGCCAUUCAAAGCUUGGAAGAGCUGAAGCGCCAGGGCCAUCUUUCCAGACCCGUGUUGUGUUCUCAGCACCCGGGCCAGGAGUUGCGUCUCUUCUGCGAGACAUGUGAUCUCACCAUUUGCAUGGAAUGUGCUGCUGCUUUUCACAAGGACCAUCGCUGCAGUCCCCUGCAUGAGGUCAUACAUCAGCACGGCGACCGUAUUCGAGAGCUGGUUUCCAGGAACCUGCGGCCUCGUCUUUUUCGUCUGGAGGAGGCAUUGAGGUGCGUGCAGGUUUCCCAGAAUGCUUUGCAGUCUCGGGCAGAGGCGAUGUCAAAUGAGAUCCAGGCCUUUGCACAAGCCUACACCAACGCUGUGCAAACUCACUGCCGUUCUCUUCUGCACUCUCUGGAGGAUCUGAGACUUCAAAGGCGCAAUCAGCUCCAGCUGCAAAAGGUGCAGUUGCAGCAGGCAUUGUGUGAUAUCCGUGGCAGUGUGGACUUUGCUGAACGCUUGCUUACGUGUGGCUCGGAGGCAGAGAUCCUCAGUGUAAAGGGAGUAACCACAAGGCGGUUAAUGAGCCUGAUCGAAUUGGGGUAUGACCCACACUUGACCAGUGUCAGCCAUGACAUUGGUGGCAGUAUCUGUUUCUUACCACAGGAACUUGCAGGUGACGUGGACGGAUUUCCAAUGGUAGGAGUUCUGCAGGCCAAGACCGUAGAUCCCAGCAAGUGCUCCAUUCAAGGAGAAGGUGUCCAACAAUGUAUUGAGGGCCAAAAGCGUGAGUUCACACUAGUCUGCAGGGACUCUGCGGGGGAACUGAUGGCCAAAGGAGGAGACUCUGUGUUAGUCAGUAUUAUCCACACAGAAAAGAAAGAGUGCAAAGUGGAGACAGCAGUGAUUGAUAAUAAUGAUGGGUCGUAUACAGUCUCCUACACGCCCAGGGAACCUGGAUCCUACUCUGUGUGGGUUUGUGUCAAAGCACAGCAUGUUAAGGGUUCGCCUUUUGGGCUGACUGUGAAGAGAAAAAUUCAGCGACACCGUGGAAUCUUCCACUGCUGCUCUUUCUGCUCUAGUGGUGGCGCCAAAGAGGCACGAUGUGGCUGUCCUGGGACCAUGCCAGGAGGGUUCCAGGGCUGUGGUCAUGGCCACAAAGACCACCCAGGGAAGCCACACUGGUCCUGUUGUGGUAGUGUGAAGGAGAGCUCAGAGUGUUUGCGCAGUCUGGAGUCAGGCUCUCAGCAAGGACAUGUCCGAACUGUGGAACUCUGAAAGAACAACCACACACAAAAAUGCACAAUUAUGUCGUUCUAAAAUGCUAUAUGGUGCUUUAAAACCUGAAAAUGUCUUGGUAUAUAUAUUUUUAGACAUGUCACCAGCAGGCCUGUCCGUGAUGCAGUUGAUCUCUGUAAAGCUGGAUUAUCCCCCUCUUUUGUUCACUUUUUUUUAACGACUUUUUUUUUUUAUUUCAACUCUACAAGCAUGAACCAGUUACACACAGAUAUUUAAAAAGCUUGAACAAAGUGCUGCACAAGUUUAACAAAUCCUUGUCGAUUUUUAAGUUUGUGUUCAUGCAUUUUAUAUUUGUACUUUUUUUAACCAAAUACCUCGUAUGGAGAGAUAUAGUGAUAACGUAUAACAAAUAAUUAAUUUCUGGUUUCAAAUGUGAAUAUAUGUAAUGCUGCUGUGUGUAAUAAAGGGGCAUUGAAAAAGUAGGACAUAUCUUGUGCAGCAAUGGUGAGCAGCGUGCAUUAGGAAUUUGGCUUGAAUAUUCGGUCCCUUUGUGUAUUCUGUGAAAGUACAAGUUGCAUUUAACAAGAGUUGGAAAGAGCUUUUGUAAAAUAGCUAGCUAAGAGGCUUUAUUUUCUUGGCCUGGCCACCCAAUAAUACAGCAUGUGAAGCUGUGUUCGGUGUUGAUCUACUCGACACUGGCCACGUCGACAAAAUGAAAACAUCCAUAAGAACUUUUGGUGCUACUCUUAUCAACAUCACUGUAUUCUUGAUAUUUUAUUUCAUAACCGAAUGCCUGAUGUGUUUAUUUAACUAAUAUUGUAAUGAAUUAAAAUAGACUUGGUGUCACAUAAAACCAA